AUGAGCAAAUCACCCGUGACUUCUUUAUCUAGCUCCUAGUUUUAAACAUCUAGACUUGUGCAUCCUUAGCAUAAAUUCCAAGAAACUAUUCCUUAAUCUACGUAGUCGAACGGGUUUGGAUUAGGAUCAUCCACAACUCGAGGUUUUUCGACUGAGAGACAAAGUCAGAGUAAGGCAGAAGAGAUUCUAAGGUAUACUAACAACCCUUAGUUUAUAUUCGAUAAAAAUUCUAAAUUGAUUCAAGGAAUAUUCUCAAAGAAAAAUACCUCAAAGUAUCUAAGAAGGCCAAUAUCGGCACUGUAAAAAAGAAAUGGUGAAAAAUACCAGACUGUAAGUUACUCUAUUACAAGAUUUGAGAAUGAUGUGGACAAACUACACCAUAAGUAAUUAGAUCAUCAUAAGCCCAAGUGUUAAAUUGACUUUGAAGGACUUAUCUAAGCUGUAAAUAACAUUAUUGGCGACGAUUAAGAACAGAUUAUACUAUAAACCUUUCAAAAUUACAAUUCUUAGAAUGUUAUUAAUCAGGUUUCAAGUAACGAUAAAUAAUUACCACAAAUAAAAUCCUAGUUGGAAGAAAGUGAUGUUUCUGAUAAUAAUUAAAACUAGGACAAAAUCAAAGUCUAACAAUAGCAAGAACAAAAAAUUUCAAAAUAUGACAGUAAAAGAGAGCAAUUAAAUAACCCUAAUACGAAUAAUAACAAUAGUAUUAAUCAUUAUCCUUAGAUUCAACAGCAGCAAACUUAAAUGUCACAUUCAAAUUCUCAAUCAUCCAAAUUAAAGAAAUUAUCGGAUAGACCCCUGACUUAAAAUGUGGAGAAAGAAGCUUUAAAACUGAGUAGAAAUCUGAGCAGAGGUCAUCUGAUGACUCAAAACACUAAUUUAAGGAAAAUUCCAGCUAGUAGUCCAUUAAAUUUCACAGACACUUUAUUCAUUAAAAGCAUAUCUAGCUAGUAUAAUAAGGGAAGUAAUGAUAAAGGUACAGAGGAAAUGAAUAAAGACAUAAAAAAUCAUGUCACGAGAGUAGAUCUAAUACGUAAACCCUCAAAUUAAAAUUCUCCAAUUGAAAAUUUUGAUUAGGAAUAGCUGAGACAAAUCUUGAAAAAUGAGUAGGUAAAACAACAAUAUUAACCAGUUUUAAUAAAAGAGGCUGAUUUCUUGAAAAUUGAUAUGACUACCAUAGUAGAGAAAAGAUAAGGUUUGAAAGGUUCUUUAAUUAAAUUCAAUAAACAUAUAGCAUCUAAAAAAGAAAUAGAUUCUAAUUCAAAAGAUGAAAUAUAUCAAGAGGAAAAGAAUAAAUUUGACAAUCUUAUGGUGUCAUCUAAGAUGAGCGCCACUUAAAAUGAGCCUUGGCUCAACAGUAUGAUGGAAAGAAAUUCUGCUAUAACUUUAAGAUCUACUUCGAAAGAAUUUUCACCUAAAAAUAAAGCAUACAUCAGUCCCAUAAAAAAUUAAUAGAACAGUAAAACUCCAAUAUUGACUGCUUUUGAAUUUUGUCCACAAUCUCCAUAGUAAAUCUAACUCUAUGAUCUAGCUAUAGAGGACCCAAAUUUUAUUAGCCUAUGCAAUUAUUUGAACCAAUAUUAGAUUCAAGAGGAUGAAAUAGAUGCUACAGACCAACAUAUCUUAGUGCAUCUGCCAGAUGGAGAACUCUCAAUUGCUGAGAAAGUUGCACCAAUGCCAAGAUCUAAAUUAAUAUGUUAUCAUUGCAAAGUCAUAUUGGAGUUUAUGGCUGGUGCAGUCCAUGUUUAGUGUGGUAAUUGCUAAAAAAUAAACAGAGUCCCAUAGAUUAACGUAUAAAAAGCUUAAUGCUAAAAAUGCACAGUAUUGCUAUAAUUCCCAACUGGAAGUCGGAAAGUUAGAUGCGGUGUGUGCUCUCACGUUAAUAACUAUAGUUGA